AUGAAUGAGGCCAAGGUUGUGUUGAAGUUCCUCAAGACACAUAUCUUCACUCCUUCUGGAACUCCGAGAGCAAUAAUUAGUGAUGGAGGGACACACUUCAUAAAUCAAUUGGUGAAGAACAAUUUAGAUAACUAUGGAGUCAAGCACAAGGUGGAUGACACACUAUCCUCAAACCAGUGGUCAGAUAGAGGUGUACAAUCGAGAGUGAAACUUGAUGAUGCACUAUGGGCUUAUAUGACAACGUACAAAACACCAAUCGGUACAUCUCCCUAUCACUUAGUGUUUGGUAAAGCGUGUCACCUCCAAGUUGAACUAGAGCAUCAGGCUUAUUGGGAAGUGAACAAGUUGAACCUUGAUCCCAAAUUAGUCGGCAAGAAACGGAUGGAUCAGCUACAUGAGUUUGAAGAAUUCCGGCUCUAUGCCUAUGAAAAUGCAAAACUCUACAAGGAGAAAACAAAACAAUGGCAUGACAAGCACAUUGUGGCUUAA